AUGGGCAGAGGUCUAUAUGCUAAAACAGAUUUCAAAACGGGUGAUUUAGUAUUAGUAGAAAAACCUUGUUUAAUUGGGCCAAACUUUUCCAAUCAAUUUGUAUUCUGCUCCCAGUGUUUAGCAGUUGCAUGGACUGGAAUCCCAUGCGAAACAUGUCAUGAUUUUAUAUUUUGUUCUUUGAAAUGUAAAAACAAGGCAUGGAAAGAGCAUCAUCACAUGGAAUGCUCAUUAACACCACAUCUUCUUUUAUGUGACCCAGAAAUUCCCGAUUACAUUUUCAUGAGUCUCAAAUUUAUAAUAUCGUUAAUAAAAGAUAACAAGGCAAUUGAUGAGCUUAAAUCCAAACUAAAAAUUUCCAAAAACAAUCAAGUUAAAAUAGUAAAUGACAAACCUGAACAAAAAAUUGAUUUAUUCAAUAAACUAAUGAGUUUAUCUCAUAAGUUAGCAUUGGAUUGUAGUAUGCGGUUAACUAUCCAUACUGUUAAAAUAUUGAUUUGUAUGGUGAAGUAUUCAACUUUUUUUUCUGACAAACUAAAAGAUAUGCAAUACAACGAUUUAUCAACGAAUGAAGAUUUUAUGUUUAUUGGAUCUUUGCUUUUAAGAUUGGUAAAAAUAAAUCGUGUAAAUAAUCAUGAUAUAUCAGAUAUAGCUGAAUUAAGUAUUUCUCAAUGUCUUGAUAUCAAAGCUGGAAGAAUCGAUAGAAGUAGAGGAUGUUGCGUAGGACUUAUCAGCAGUAUGACCAAUCACAGUUGUGUACCAAAUAUUAGAAGAUGUUUUUCAGAAGAUAUGAAGUAUAUUUUUUAUGCCUUGGAACCAAUUGCUAGUGGAACUCAGCUUUUAGAUGCAUACGGGGACUUCUUUUAUUUAUCUCCAUUGAUGCAUAGAAGAGAAAAACGAAAAAAUUUUGUGUGCCAAUGCAUUGCUUGUGAGGAAGAUUGGCCUCCUGUUUUAUUAUCACCAUUGAUAGAUGAAGCAAAAUAUUUUACGGAACUAGGUUUUAUAAAUGAAAUAGUUGAUGUACUACCACAACCUAGUACAACUCGAUGUCUUUUACUUCAAGCUCUUGAGGCUAUUUAUGAGAAGUAUUAUGGUCUUGCAGUACCCUUUGACAACUUAUGCUCAUUUUAA